ACAGUUUGGGACGGAAAUUCCGGUGUGUCUCGUUGUGGCGGCAACACGAGACCUUCUCCAAACACAACAAGGUGCAGACCUGAGACCUGUCAUGGAGGACAUGUAGAGACGGACCCACAGGCUGGGUGAAGAAGAAGAAGAUCCGUCCCCGUGUGAAGACGCAGCCCGGCUGACAUGUCGCUGGUGACGGUGCAGUUGGGUCAGUGCGGGAACCAGGUGGCUCAUGAGCUGUUUGACACCGUGUGCAGGGACGCUCGGGACGGACAGGGGAAGACAUACUGCCCCGCCAGCACCGAGCGAUUCUUCCACCGCAACUCACACGGAGAUCUUGUGGCCAGGGCGGUGUUGAUAGACAUGGAGCCUAAAGUGAUAAACCACUGUAUGAACCAUGCUGCACAUUCUGGCAGGUGGAGGUAUGGAGACACUUCACACUUCAGCCAGAAGCAGGGCUCUGGAAAUAACUGGGCCAAUGGGUAUUGUGUCCACGGUCCUCGUCACAAAGAGGUGGUGGAGGAGCUGGUGAGGCGAGAGGUGGAGCGCUGUGACAGACUGGCUGGCCUCAUGGCCAUGAUGAGUGUGGCGGGGGGAACGGGGUCCGGGGUUGGUACCUACGUCACUCAGGGUCUCCGAGACAUCUACCCAAAAUCCUUCAUCCUCAAUCACCUCACCUGGCCGUACGGGACUGGAGAGGUGAUUGUCCAGAACUAUAACUCAGUGCUGACGCUGGCUCAUCUCUACCAACUGUCCGACGCCAUCCUGGUGCACGAGAACGACACAGUGCACAGGAUCUGCAGUCAGCUGCUCAACAUCAAACACAUCUCCUUCAGUGACGUCAACAAGGUCAUCGCUCACCAGCUGGGCAGCGUGCUGCAGCCAGCACUCACCGCUGACUCCCACGGACGCUACAGCAGAAAUCCUGUGGGUGAGUUGGUGAGCGCCCUGGUCUGCCACCCGGAGUACAAGCUGCUCAGUGUGUCCACCAUCCCUCAGAUGCCCAGUGCCUCCAUGGCCUACAGCACGUUCAGCUGGCCGGGGCUGCUCAAACACCUGCGACAGAUGCUCAUCUCCAACAGCAAGAUGGAGGAAGGUAUCGACUGGCAGGCGCGUCCACCUGCAGCCUCUGAGCGGAGCAGGAGUCUCACAGGGGCGAACAUGUCUCUGGCCAACCUGCUCAUACUGAGGGGGAAAGACGUCUACAGUGCAGAGACUGGAGGCUUUGAGGACCCUGGUCUUUACACCCCCUGGCUGUCAUCAGGAGAAGCUUUCAACUUGUGGAAAUCACCGGUGCCUUUUAACAAAUAUGAGAAAUCUGCAACACUAGUCAGUAACAGUCAGGCUCUGCUCAGACCUCUGGAUCACAUGGUGAGAAAAGCCUGGAAUAUGUUCGCCUCCAGAGCCUAUAUCCAUCAGUACGUUAAAUUUGGGAUCUCAGAGGAGGAUUUUCUCGACAGUUUUACAUCUCUGGAGCAGGUCAUCUCCAGCUACAGUCAACUGUGCUAGCAAAGAGACAAACCAACAAGCAGCACCUUUUAUUUGGACUGAAUGGAGACAGGAUUCUGCUUGGAUUUCUGUUAAUCAAUAGGCUGUUAGAUGUUAACUUACAUGUAUGUGAUGUCCAGGUAUUCAGUUCUUAAUCUGUUUCUCUCCCUGACUCAAGGGUUUUUCCCACGAAAAUCAAAUGGCUCUGUGUGACUCGCUAUGAUGCGUGUAGAUGGUGCUUCAUUGCUGAUACAGGAUGUUUUCAUGGCAAUGACUUAUGUGUGUGUGUGUGUGUGUGUGUGUGUGUAAAUAAAACAGUUUAUUUAAACUGAUUUCUUCACUGUGUCUGACACCUGCAGUGGCAGCAGUUACUGAGCACCGUUACACCAAAGGUUCCUUCACUGUCUCUUCAAGGGAAAAUACUGUUCAUGAUUUAUAUCAUUACAGAUUUUAAUACUUUGUAAUUGCAUGGUAUUGUCUUCUACUGUCUCUAAGCUCAAGAAUAAAUCUUUCAUAAUUAAACCCUCAAGCCAAAUAAAUUACCAAUAGCACAUUGAAAAAUACUGUUUAAAGUUCUGCUUGUAUUUAAGUGUUUGUAUAAUCUCAGCAAAAUAUUUAUCAAAUAAAUA